AUGACCGACACAAUUUCUUCUGUUGCUGAUGACUAUAUGGAACAGCCUCCACCAUACGAGGUCAUAAAUGGUGUAAGCAGCUGGCUCAGCGAGCACGACGGGGCAAGUUCGUCUGCUGUGCCCCCACGCCCUGAUGUGCCACGCUCUGAUGUGCCAUUCCCGGAUAUAUCACUGGCUUGCGAUGGCCGCGUGAACGUGUGUGUCGAGUCUAGGUUCAGCCAGAAUCUAGAAUGGCUGAUGGGUCACCAACCCGCCGAGGUGCCACAGGCCGAGGGAGACUCAACCCCAUCUCCACCUUAUUCAACUUUUGGACUUCGUCUCAACAUUGUUAUUCAGGUGGUUGGUAGUCGUGGCGAUGUCCAGCCUUUUGUGGCUAUUGGCACAGCUUUACAGAAACAUGGCCAUCGCGUGCGGCUAGCGACACAUGCCACGUUUGAGAAAUUUGUUAAAGAGGCCGGUCUGGAGUUCUAUCCUAUCGGUGGUGAUCCUGUUGAACUGAUGGCAUACAUGGUGCGCAAUCCUGGCCUGAUACCAAGCAUGAAGAGCCUCCGGGUAGGAGAUAUUCAAAAGAAACGUGCCACGAUUGUGGAGAUCUUACACGGCUGCUGGCGAUCAUGUUUAGAACCAGAUGCUAAUGAUAAAAAACCCUUUGUGGCGGAUGCGAUUAUUGCAAACCCACCGAGUUUUGCCCACAUACAUUGUGCCCAAGCUCUUGGGAUUCCCAUUCAUCUCAUGUUUACGAUGCCCUGGACAAGCACCAGGGCUUUUCACCAUCCCCUUGCGAACUUGAAGUAUUCCGGGAACGACCUGUCUUUGGGUAAUCUAAUAUCCUAUCAUUUUGUGGAAUGGAUGACAUGGCAAGGACUAGGAGAUCUGAUUAAUGCAUGGCGAAAAGAUACACUAGAUUUAGACCCUAUCCCUGCCACAGAAGGUCCAAGCUUGCUAGAAACACUCAAGGUGCCUUUCACAUACUGUUGGUCACCCGCUCUGGUUCCAAAGCCCAAUGUUUGCGGCUUUUUCUUUCGUGAAACAGUGUCAUACACACCACCAGCAGAUCUUAACGCAUUUUUGCGCGCUGGUACACCACCAGUCUAUAUCGGAUUUGGAAGCAUCGUACUCGACGACGUCACAGAAGCCAUGUCCAUCGUACUAGAAGCUAUCCAGACGACUGGAGCACGGGCUAUAAUUGCUGGCGGAUGGAGUGAUUUGCAAGGCGAAGGGAACUCUAGCGUCUAUUACAUUGGAGACUGUCCGCAUGAGUGGCUGUUCCAGCAUGUAGCUGCUGUUGUGCAUCACGGCGGCGCCGGCACUACUGCAUGUGGGCUACGGAAUGGUAAACCCACCACUAUUAUACCUUUCUUCGGAGACCAACCGUUUUGGGGCAAUAUGGUGGCCGCCGCAGGAGCCGGCCCAGAGCCCAUUCCCUACAAUAGCCUCACCGCAGAGAAGUUGGCCGACGCUAUUGCCUACUGUCUCACUCCACAUGCUGCUAUUGUGGCACAGUCUAUCGCGGAUAAAAUUAACCGAGAAACAGGUGUCACUGCGGCAGUCGAUUCCUUCCAUGCACAUCUCCCACGACAGCAGAUGGCAUGUGACCUGCUUCAGGGGGAGACAGCAGUUUGGAAGAUAAAAAGACGCGGAAGAGCGAUAAAAUUAUCUACAGCUGCUGUAUUGGCUCUUAAAAGCCAGAAUUAUUUGCAGGAUGGGCAUCUUACACGAUAUCAGAGCAAGCCUUUUACCAUCACUAUCAAGCGAUGGGAGCCGAUUACAGCCAUUAUUUCUGCAACAUUGUCGAUCAUCUCAGGCAUGGCUGAUGCAUCAGCUGGCGUUUUCAUUGAACCAUACAAAGAAUACAAACGUCUCCGAUUCAGUCAAGGUGACGAAACAUCUGUCUUCGCUUUAUCAACCAUAUCUGGGAGUUUUCCAGCAACUCAACCAGUGAUAUCAAAAAUAACAGCCUCCUCGCUUGACAUCAUCCCCAAAACUGAGCCCAACGAGCCAGAUUACGCAAAGCGAAUGGCACUCGCCUCUGCAAUUAGUCUCGGAAAGUUUCUAGGCCGAUCCUCUCGUGGCGCAUUCGUCGAUCUACCUCUAGCGGCAGUAGAAGGAUUGCAGGCAGUUCCUCGAUUAUAUGGCGAAGAGGUAAGAACGCAUGACAUAGUACGGGACUGGAGAAGCGGCGCCAUCGUGGGGUGGUCUACCUUUGCACACGGCAUAUAUGAAGGGUUCACAGAUAUUUUCAUGCAUACAUACCAGGGGAAGAAGAAGCAGGGCGCCCUUGGAGUGGCUAAGGGGCUUACCAAAGGCUUGGCUAGCCUGACUUUUAAAACAGGAGCGGCAACGAUAGGACUCGUUGCAUAUCCGAAUCAGGGCCUUUAUCGUUCACUGCGGGCUUCGAUGCGAGAGGGAGUUGCGAAACGAAUCGAAGAGGCGAGUUGGGCGGAGUCGGAGUGGAUUUCCAGUACAGGAGGCUGUUUGUCAGUGGAUGUAGCAGAGGUCUGUUUGCUGUAUCAAGUUUUCUUGUUGACCAGAGAGAAGACGCAGAGUCGAGGGCGUCGGCUCUUUAAUUGA